AGAACAUUAUCUCUUUAAAAACGAUUUCUUUCCCUUUUGAAGAUGAAGACGCAUAUGACAACGAGAACCGACCUUGUUGAACCACCUCUCUUCCUCGGACAACCCGCAUAUGACACCAAGAACCGGCCUUGUUGAACCUAGUAUUUGCAUCGCAGGUCAAAUCAUUAAAAUAUAGGACGGCGGGCCAUGGCCUGGACGGCAAUCAUUGCAAGCAUUUGGCCAACGAUCGUACUCCUGGACGGCGGCUGACGGCGGGCCACGGGGCGGCAGUGACACGGGGCGUGCGACCGCAGAUGUAUGGAUCUAUGGAGGUGUGAGAAUGGAGACUAGGUUUGGAGAAAAGAGUAGGAGUGUCGCUAUGGCAGGAACUAAAAGUGCAGGAAUGUGGUCUCUCAUAAGUGAGAUUGACCAUACAAAGACCACUUGGGCCUUGCAGGUUCGAGUGGUUAGGAUAUACGAAGUAGCAGCUCAUGCUAGGGGUGGGAACACACUAGAAAUGGUGCUACAUGAUGAGGAGGGUACUCGGAUUCACGCUGUGGUGAAACGUCCUCAGGUGGCUUUGUUCAGGCCACAAGUUAUGGAGGACAACGUGUAUGCCAUGAAGAAUUUCAUGGUGCUGGACAAUUACCAGCUGUACAAGACCACCUCUCACCUUUACAUUUUGGAGUUCGUGAGCAGAACCAGGGUCGUGCAUUUAGAUAAGGAAUUUCCAAACUUUAUGUACGACCUACAUCCAUUUGAGAUGCUGCAAGCUCAAAGGCUGCUGAAUGACAAGCUUCUCAUUGAUGUAAUAGGAAAGGUUGUGGGGCGCUGUGCUCCACAGACACAUGUAAUCAACAACCGCACUGAAAGGCUGAUGGAACUUACCCUUGAGGACUCAGAUGGGAACAGGAUUGGCUGUACUCUGUGGAACAACUAUAUAACCGAGUUCAAUGACUAUGUCAACCAUGCUCAAAAUCAACCGAUCUUUAUGAUUGUGCAACUGUACAGGGCUAAGCGCUACAAGGGUACCGUAUUUACAUUUUGACAAUUAUUUUCUAACAAAUUUUCAAUUAUCUACCCAUGUUUGAAUUUUCAGGAAACGUCUCAGUUUCAAUGUUUGAUGACGAAGCAGAGGAAAAUGGAACACUAACGUUCAUAGGUACACAGUCGCACAACAACGGUCAUGAUGACAUCUUAGAUGGAAACGUAACUCUGACCAGUGUUAGUGACUUGCUAGAAAAGACAGAGGAAGGAAUAUACUGGGUUUUGGCUGAAAUUGUCUCUAUAGACAGCUUCAGAGAAUGGUGUUACUUGGGGUGUACCUCAUGUAACAAAAAGGUAGUGCCUGAGGAAAACAGAUUCCGCUGUGCAUCAUGUAACAUCACGCUUGCAGAAGGUGUUUUGAGGUACAAAGUCAGUAUCUGUGUUAUGGAUGACAUAGGGCAUGCUUCAUUUACUCUCUGGGACAGAGAAUGCUCAGAAAUUCUUGGAAAAUCAGCAGCGAGGCUGAGGAGGGAGAUAAUUGAGGUAGACAUUCAGUCACAAAAAUGUGACUUGAUAUGCAAACAAUGUGAACAAGAUUUGCUAGAUACAUGUCUGGUGUUACCUAGGAGAUCUGUUCGGGUUGUGUAUCUUAACAGAAAGUUCUUCAAUAAAGACACAAUUGUGGGAAUGCAGAUGGGUUGGUUAAAAAGGACUUAGUUAAAAUAUUUUAUGCUUUUAAUUAUGAAGUAUGCCUUUAGGCUACAUGAAAUGUAUCAGAACAUUAAAUGUAAUGAGAUUUAAUGAAUGAUUGAUUUACAUGCACUAUGAAUGCAUAUUUUUGCUACUCCAGAUUAUAAUGUACUAUGAAUGCAUAGAGUUAUAC